CUUUGGCAGUUUUCAUCCUACUACAUACACAACCUCUUCUCGUCGCCUUUUUUUUGUGCAAUUUUGUUGAUGCUUUGCUGCUAUUGCCUUUGUGUCUUCAAGUCAUUAAAUUGCCUGCAUGUCAAAAUAAGCGUGCGCGUGCGCGUGUUUUAACCUCGGCCCGUGCAAGGAGAACCGACGUCAACCUUGCGACGCGAUCUUUCCUCUCGUCCUCCUUCUCCUCCUUCGCGGAAACCACCCUCCCACCCACACUCCUCUCUCUCGAACCAUACGAUAAUCAAUCAAUCCUCAACCAUGUCCUCCUCAACUUCUGUCGCCGAGAACCUCCCCACAGGCGAACCCAUCCCAGCCCCAACCUCGCCCAUACCCUCCUCUUCCUCCUCCUCCCCAAAGAAGACGACACCAGCAACCGCCCACCUCAAAUCCCUCCUCCGCACUCUCCCCCAUGGCGCCGACGCCUUCCUUGCCCACCUCCAGCGCUGCCUCGCCACCCCUUCCGGCACCGACACCACCCUCCUCUUCAUCUGCUACGCCUCCCGCCUCUCCUCCGCCCUCCUCGCCGCCCUGUCCACCUCGCUCCUGCGCCGCUCCGCCCGCUCAGGUCUCCUGACCCUCGCCUUUGUCAGCAGCAGCAGCAGCACCACCACCUCCCCAGCAACAACAGCAGCCGCCGCCGCCGCCGAGAAGACGGCCACCCUCGCCGCCCUCGUUUCCGCCCGGCUCAAGAACCUAGGCAGCCUGGCCAGCGAGGCCCGCACCAUCGCCCGGCUAUGGGGCCUGUUGGGCAUGUACUUUUGGGCCCGCCGCCUGGUCCUCCAGUUGCUAUCAUCAGACGGCGGCGGCGGCGGCGGCGGCGGCAACAACAACAACAAGAAGAAGGAGAAACAACAGGACACCACCGCCACCCUCCUCGUCUCGUGGGCCCAGCUCAUCUCCUGCACCGCCUUCCAGUACCUCGAGAACGUCGCCUACCUCUCCGGCCGCGGCGUGCUGGGCUGGACCCCUAAGCAGCAGGGGAGAGCGUACGUGGUCGCCUCGCGCUGGCUGGCCGUCUACACCGGUCUCGAGAUCGGGAAGCUCCUGGCCGAGAUAGAGGAAAGGGCGCAGGCCGAGGAAGCUGUCCGGAGAAGCAUGGCGAUUAAUCUCGCUUGGACACCACUGACGCUGCACUGGGCUACCGAGGGCGGGUUUUUGACGGAUGCUGCUGUGGGCUUUGGGGGUUGCAUUCCUGGUGUGAUUCAGAUGCGGAAGCUGUGGAGGGAGACGGCGCAGUGA